CAACACCUUCCCACAAAAGCUUAACUUCGAUGCACCCGCCAGGGCGCCCAACAGGCCACACUGCGCAUGUGCUAUAUACAAACGGCCUGAUUCGCGGUCGCGCAGGUCUUGCGCCGCCACCCCGGAGAUGAUUGACGGCUUGCAAGCGACUCUCCUCGGAGGGGUAACCGCUGUGCUGGAAAACUAUAUUAGGGUAUACAUUAUGGCCCUUGGCCCUGCAUCUGCAGCACUGGCACCGUCGACUGCACUUCAAUCUUUCGUUAUUACUUCGCGGCCUGUCCUUUUGCGCAUUCUGCGUUGAGGCAAAACACGUCAAAAUGGUUUCGUCGUUGCUCCUCUCGGUGUCGCUGCUCGCCAGCGCUGCCGUUGCUGCGCCCAAGCAGCCAUCCGGCGGGUACAAGACCUCGGACUGGGUCACGGGCAAGGCUUUCGACCGUGUGGCAAUCAUCUGGCUCGAGAACACCGAUUACGACCUUGCGAUUGGCGACCCAAGCUUGAAGUCGCUGGCCAAGAAGGGCAUUACGCUCACCAACCACUUUGCGGUGACGCACCCGUCAUUGCCCAACUAUGCCGCUGCCAUCUCCGGUGACUACUACGGCAUCAACCACGAUGACAUGACCGCAAUUCCUUCCAACGUUUCGACCAUCGUGGACCUGUUGGAAGCCAAGAAAAUCUCGUGGGGAGCGUACCAGGAAGACAUGCCUUACACUGGCUUCCAGGGUUUCGACUACAAGAACCAAAAGACCGGUGCGAACGAUUAUGUCCGCAAGCACAACCCUCCGGUUCUGUACAACUCUGUUGUGGAACAGACCAGCCGCCUGAACCAGAUCAAGAAUUUGACCCUCUUCUACGAGGAUCUCAAGGCGGAUGCUCUGCCCCAGUGGAUGUUCAUCACUCCCAACAUGACCUCCGAUGGCCAUGACUCGACCGUAACCGUUGCCGGCACGUGGUCUAAGAACUUCCUUGAGCCGCUCCUGAAUGACAAGAAGUUCAUGAAGAAUACCCUUGUCAUCCUCACCUUCGACGAGAACCACACCUACACCCAGCAGAACCGUAUCGUCGGUAUUCUUCUCGGCGAUGCCGUCCCUAAGGAGCUAGUCGGCACCUCGGACAGCAACUUUUACAACCACUACAGCGAGAUUGCCACCGUCCAGGCUAACUGGGGCCUCGAUACCCUCGGUCGCUGGGAUGUUGGCGCCAACGUGUUCGAUUUCGUGGCGAAGAAAACCGGUGAUGAUGUCAGGCAAUGGUCCGGCAAGACGCCUCUGUCGCAGAUGUACUGGAACGUGUCGUACGCUGGCAAGCUCAACAACAAGAACACCUCCGUCCCGUGGCCGAUCCCUGCUACCAAGUUGAAGCACAACGGACGCAAGGUCGCCGAUGUUGUCAAGAAGACCUGGGGCUCGUUGGAGAAGGACUCUGCUUACACCACUGCGCUUGAGGUUCCUGAUGGUCUGCAUCCCGAGUCUGAGUUCACCCGUGCCCAGAAGACCAAGUGGUAGAUGUGGACUUGAUGAUAUAUAUGUAGAUACGAUCUCCUGAUACAUAAUUGUAGUUCGUUGUAGAUAAUUGAGGCGCUAUAUUGGCCGCCUCGUCCGUCCAAACCUGGAAUAGACUCGUACCCAACA